AACUUAAAAAAGAUAAGGAAAAGCGAAAAGUACCAGUAAAUAAUAGCAAAUAUCAGUUGAAAUUUGGUUGAAAAAAUAGAGCAAAUGAUGCGCUGAUAAGCAAAAGAGCAGUAGAAGAAUAGUGAAAAAUAAACUAUGUGGACUAAAAUUGCGUGUAUUGCAUUGUUUGCAUUAAUUUACUGUGAAUUUUUGGCGGAUUAUGUUCAGCUAUCGCAAUGUUAUUGGCAAUCUCCAAAGCCGGCUAAUGUUGGUAGUAAAAAUGAGGAUGAGCUGAGAGCUAUCAUAAUUGCGGACACGCAUUUGGUUGGACCAAUUCGUGGCCAUUGGCUAGACCGGCUAUAUAGAGAAUGGCAUAUGCAUCGGAGUUUUCAGGCCACAAUGCAGAUGUUUGAACCAGACGUGAUUUUCGUUUUGGGCGAUCUCUUCGAUGAGGGUGACUUUGUAAAUGAUAGUGAUUUUCAAAAGUAUGUUACACGAUUUCAUCGUCUAUUUAGUCCACCAAGCGGGGUGCCUAUCAUAAGUGCGGUGGGUAAUCAUGAUGUGGGCUUUCACUAUAAAAUGGACACAUAUUUCUUAAAUCGCUUUUCAAAGCAUUUCAACAACACCGGAGUAGAAAUGCAUACCAUCAAAGGCAAUCAUUUUAUAAUGAUCAACUCAAUGGCGAUGUUGAAUGAUGGCUGUGGUUUUUGUAACGCAGCGUUGCGUGAUUUGAAAAAUAUAUCAGAAAAACUCAAAUGCCUUGAAAAUGGCCAUAAAUGUGUUGAUGCUAAGACUUUAGAGAAGCACAAAAAAUAUAGUCGUCCAAUAUUAAUGCAACAUUUUCCUACAUAUCGCAAAUCAGAUGCUGUUUGCAGGGAACAUGAUGCUCCAGAAAUGGAGGUCUAUCGCGAAAAUUGGGAAGUACUAUCAAAAGAUUCAACAGAUUUGUUAGGCACACUCCUAUCACCACGUGUUGCUUUUGCCGGUCAUAGUCAUCACUAUUGUUUAAGCAUAAAUCGAUUUGGUAUUGAGGAAUAUACGGUGGCUUCUUAUAGUUGGCGUAAUAAAGUGGAGCCGAGCUUUCUACUGGCUGCAUUUACCGGCUCAUCAUAUGCCGUUUUGAAAUGCAAUAUGCUAAGGCAACAACAUGUGUACAACGUUUACAUUGCUAGUGUGGUAAUUUUAAUAGCAACAAUUAUUGUGUUAAUUUAUCGAAGGCGCGAUAAAAGGAGAAUGAAAACUUAGUGUUCCAAUGAAGUAUUAACUUUAUAUCUUGUAUAUAAUAAUAUUAAUAUGUACACUCUUAUAUACAUAUUCAUUCCGGUGACAAUAGCAUUAUUUUAACUAUAUAAAAAUUGUACCUUAGCCCAACAUUUUUGUGGCAUAAAAAAGUUUAUAACUUUUUUAUACAUAUAAUAAAUAGUAAAAAUAAUGUUGACGAUUUAAGGAAAACUUUUCGUUCACAUUAAGCCAAUACUA